AAACUGCGCUUCCAGAGAAGAUCGCCACACUUCGACCUAUGUCGGAAAGAACAUGUCCAAAAUUUCCAGGGAUAGCAUGCCGUCACGGGGUACCUGACUGCAAUGAUACGGAGUCGGGGUCGGAAUCUUCCUUCAGUUGUCGGUGUGAUUCCGGCUGGACAGGCGACCUUUGUCAACGAGUAUGUACUUUGCCUUGUGUACACGGCACAUGUGAUGUUUCCGCACACGAUGAAAUGUUUUGUAGCUGUCAACAUAAAUAUAUGGGAAAGCUGUGUGCUGAACUUGUUCCUGACACUAAAGAACGUGCUCGGAUCCUGGCUGCCACUUUAUCAACUGCUAUUGCUGUUGCUCUCCUAUUAAUUAUUAUUAUCCCUAUAAUAAUGUGGCGCCUACGAGUGAUCCUCAUUCUCAAGCUGAUUUACAUUUUUAGAGAAUAUGAAGAUGAAGAUGGCAAAGAAAAUGAUGCUUAUAUAUCUAUGACUUCAACACCAAGUGCAGAAAACUUUGUUUACGGAUCUCUUCGACCGAUCCUGGAAGAACACAACUUCAAACUGUUCUUACAGGCAAGAGAUGCUCCAGCUGGUGAAGUUAUGAGUGAGACAAUAUUGUCAGCCAUGGAGAAGAGUCGUCGUACAAUAAUGAUUAUCACACCUGACUACAUCACAAAUGAGUGGAACAGGUUCGAGUACUUGAUCGCUCAGCAUGAAACACUGAAGCUGCAACAGAGAAUCAUACCUAUAAUACUUGAGGAUGUUGGAAAGGAGAGUGUUAACAUGGACAAAAGCCUGAAGCACAUCCUGGACUCCAUUAAAUGCCUCAAGUAUCCUAAAGCUAAACCCAAAUCACAUGUUUCACAUACAGAAGACAGCCUACAAAAAAUUCAGAGUCCGAGGAGCAAUAGAAGUAUUGACAGCACAACAUACUUCUUUAGAGAAGAAAGCAUCCACAGCACAGAUUCAGUUCCCAAAAACGACCAAAAAUAUGAAAGGAAAGUUGCAAAGUUCUGGAAACGACUGGUUCUCACUAUGCCUAAAAAGAAAACUCAAAAGGAUCAGGCUUGUUUAUCCUUACCCAAAUCAACAGAGAGAGCCAAGAAUGAGAUUAGCACAAUUAAAUGCGAAGAAAAACUUAAAAUUUUGCAAUCUAAUAUGCCGAAAAGUUAUGAAUUUGACUUCAAGAUAAAUGUUAUUAAUGAUAAAAAUAAUGAUGUAAAUUUAACCAAAUCUGGCAACAUAUGCAAUGCUAAGAGCAUUUCUGAAGAUAUAAAAAUUCAGAGUGACCUACUGACAUCUUCUAUUACUUGA